AUGUAAACAUAACCAGAUCAUGAAUAUCUGAAUACUUAGGCAAAUUAAGGACAAGAACCUAUGAAUAACAAGGCUCCUUUUUUGGAUCUUGAUUCUUCUGGGGAUGCUUUGGAGGAUGGCAGAGUGACUAAUCUCAGUUUUCAACGAAUGAUGGAUUUAAGUUUCUUUGUAUUCAACCUAAUUGGGACUGGUUUAACCGUAAUAACUUUGGAAUUGAUCCAUUAUGAUCAAGAAAGAGAGGCACGUAAGGUGAUGUUGUGGGUGAUAUUCAUAUCAAAUUUAAUUUUGAUGGGAAUAGUGGUAGUAAGAAAUGCAGCUAAAUUGAAAUGGAGAGAAAGUAAAGGAGAUAUGUAUAGUGGAUUUAGUAUCGAACCAUUGGAAACAUCUUUGGAGAUAUUAAUAAUAGCAGCAUCUCCUUUACCAUUUUUGGAUGACUAUAGUUUCUAAUUUGAAAACGAUUUCGUUGAAGGUGAAGUCUAUUACUAUGCAAAUGAAUUGCUUUGUCUUACUCUAGCCUUUCGAGUAAUAUUUUUUAUUCGCACAACCUUAUUGAAUUCUUAUUGGCAUUCGAAUAGGACGGAUAGAGUUUGUAGUCUAUAUGCAAGUUAAGCAGAUUACAUGUUCACUAUAAAAUCUCUAAUGAGGAAUCAACCAUUUACAGUAAAUUAUAGUGCAAUGAUCUUGCUAAUUGUGGUUUUCGGAUAUUGUUUGAGAAUAUGUGAGAGUCCACUUAAUCGUAUAGACAUAAGUUCAAAUGAUUUUAGUAGUUAUGCAAAUUCAAUGUGGUGUGUAAUUGUAACUAGUACAACUUUAGGAUAUGGUGACUAUUAUACCAGAACAUUAUUGGGACGUAUAGUAAUGAGUGUAGUUUGCAUAUUGGGUAACUUUGUGGUUUCAUCAAUGAUUGUCAUAAUUACAAAUGAGUCAUAUUUGUCAACAUUAGAGAAUAAGGUGGUAAUUUUGAUAGACAGAUUGAGUUUGAAGAAACAGAUGCAAUAGGAAGCUGCCAUGAUAAUCACUGUGUUUGGUAGGAUCUAUUAUGCAAAGAAGUAUUAUAUUCAAUAUUUGAGACAUCUCGAUUUUUCAGAAGAGUAGUUUACUGAGAUGAAUAAGAAAAUGAAGAAGUAUGCAAUGUAAUUAAAAUUAACCACUCGUAAAUAUGUGGCAGCAAGGGCUUUGGGCAGUCAAUUAGAAGAGAUCAACAGUGGUUUCAAUUCAUUGAAAGAGAAUCUGAAAUAAACAUCACAAUUAUAAGAGGAUUUGAUUAAAGCAAAUGAAAAUCUUAUUAAUAAAAUUGAUAAUAAGUGA